CUAACAAUGGGCUCCAGGUCUUGGGUGUUUGAGGGGUGCAGAAAGGGUGACCCUACCUUGGAGAAGCCAACUACCCCUCCGCUUCUCUGCUUCAAAGACUACAAGCUCCAGAUGCCCCUGCGCCCGCCGUCGUCCUUCCUGCUGGGUUGACGCAGCAGAGCGCUCUCGGUUGGUGGGUCCGGCCGGGGUUAGGCCUCCCUGCUGGUGUCUUUCCUACCCCGCAGCACUUCGCUCUCUGGGCUUCAGCCUCGGGAUCGACAACGUGCACCCCCUGUGUUCCAUCUGUCUUCUGAGACUUUACCCUUCUUCAGGGAGAGCACUCAGGAGACCAGGAAAAUGGCCACGCGGCUCCUGAGAGCCAGAAAAGAGGCAUCUGUGACAUUCAGAGAUGUGGCUGUGGAUUUCACCCAGGAGGAGUGGAGGUUGCUGAGACCUGCUCAGAGAACUCUGUACAGAGACGUGAUGAUGGAGACAUACAACCACCUGGUCUCACUGGGAAUUCCAUUUUCCAAACCAAAGCUCAUUACUCAGCUGGAGCAAGGGGUAGAACCCUGGAGAGAAGAGAGAAAACAUCUACUGGGCAUCUGUCCAGGAUCAAAGCAAGAAAUUCAGCUGUGUCCCUCCUGCCCUCUGGCAUUCCCCAGUGAGCAAGCCCUCAGCCAGCAUGUGUGGCUCAAUCAUCUCCCUCAGAUAUUUUCAAGUUUAUGUGCAGAAAAUCAUCUCCAUCCAGGAAAGCAAUAUCCAGGAGAUCAGAAACAGCAGCAGAAACUACUCUUUGACAAAAGCUGCUCAAGUGACAAAGCAGAAGUUCAAAGGAGAGAAGACUCCAAACACUUGUUUGGGAGAUUAAGGAAGAGUAAUAUUUCAAAGGCAUUCUCCAGCUCCCGUGAAGAGGAGCCAGUAAGGUCCAAGGAAGACAUCACAUUGCUGGACGUAGGGCCUGGCCCAGAACAGAGGACAGAUCUUAAAGAAACAGACAAAGUUUUUAAUGAUUUAGAAAUCUCUGGAUUUGGAGCAAUGAAAUGUGGAGGAGAAUUUGGGCUGGGCUUUAUCAAGAAGUCAAACGUACUCAGCCUUCAGAAGACACACAUUGGAGAGACAGCUUAUAUGUACAGUGAGUGGGAAAGAGGCUUUAGCAGUAUGUCAAUCCUCAUCAAAAACCAGAGGACACAUUCUGAGGAAAAGCCUUAUGUGUGCAGGGAGUGUGGACGGGGCUUUAACUGGAAGUCAAACCUCACUGCACACCAGAGGACACACUCAGGGGAGAAACCUUAUGUGUGCAAGGAGUGUGGAAGAGGCUUUACUUGGAAGUCAAAUCUCUUUACACAUCAGAGGAUACACUCAGGGGUCAAACCUUAUAUAUGCAAGGAAUGUGGGCAGAGCUUUAGCCUGAAGUCAAACCUCAUCACACACCAGAGGGCACACUCUGGGGAGAAGCCUUUUGUUUGCAGGGAAUGUGGACAUGGCUUUCGCCAGAAUUCACACCUCAUCAGACAUCUGAGGACACAUUCAGGAGAGAAGCCUUAUGUUUGCAGAGAGUGUGAGCAAGACUUUAGUCAGAAGUCACACCUUAUCAGACACCUAAGGACACACACAGGAGAAAAGCCUUAUGUAUGCACAGAAUGUGGGCGUCAUUUUAGCUGGAAAUCAAACCUCAAGACACACCAGAGGACACACGCAGGGAUUAAGCCUUAUGUGUGCCUGGAGUGUGGGCAGUGCUUUAGCCUGAAGUCAAACCUCAACAAACAUCAGAGGUCACACUCAGGGGAGAAGCCGUUUAAAUGUAGGGAGUGUGGGCAAGGCUUUACCCGGAAAUCAACCCUCAUUUCACACCAGAGAACACACUCAGGAGAGAAGCCGUUUGUAUGCAGGGAGUGUGGGCGAGGCUUUAAUGAUAAGUCAACCCUCAUCUCACACCAGAGGACACACUCAGGGGAAAAACCUUUCAUAUGCAAGGAGUGUGGUAGAAGGUUUAGUCAGAAGCCAAACCUUUUCAGGCACAAAAGGGCACACUCAGGUGAUAUGCUCUUUGUGUGCAGGGACUGUGGACAAGGCUUUUGUGAUAAGUUAACUCUUAUUACACACCAGAGGGCGCAUUCAGGGAGUAAGCCUCAUGUGUGCAGGGAAUGUAGGCAAGGUUUUAGCCGGCAGUCACAUCUCAUCAGACACCAGAGGACACACUCAGGGGAGAAGCCUUAUGUAUGCAGGAAGUGUGGGAGAGGCUUUAGUCGGAAGUCAAACCUCAUCAGACAUCAGAGGACACACUCAGGAUAGAAAGCUUUGUGUACGAAUAUAGUGAAGCCUUUAGCCAGAAGUCACAUUUAAUUGGAUACCAGAAUACACACAUAGGGCAGAGAGUCUUUUUUUAGGGAGUUGGGCUGUAGCUUUAGUAGUAAGUUGGCCAUCGCCAGACACCAAACCAGAGGCGUCUUAUAUGUGGCAGGAGUGUGCAUGAAGCUGUAGCAGAGUCGGAAACCAUGGUUCACCUGAAGGGGCUUCACUGGCCCAUUUCUAGGAGCUCUGGCUUUCCCUGGCUGGUAUGGUGAGUUGUAGAAGGUCACUCAGGUAACUUGAUGGAGGGAGUACUUUUAAAUAGGUUGAAAUUAGGGAAUAGAGAUGAUUCCAGAUUCCAGUGUCAUUUCCCAUGUAUAUUUAAACACUCCUUCCAUAGUUAACCUAGAUGUUACAGAAAUGACUGCUAGAACUUGUCUCUUUUGAUGUCCAUCUCACCUUCUAUCUGAGAAAGACACUUAGCAGACAACCUCAGAGAGAGUUUGAGGAAUGGUGAAUUCAUGGGGACAGGGUUAGUGCAAGGAUAGAAGAGGAUUUUAUUAUGCAGAGGGCUGACAAGUGAGAAAGAUCAAAAUGUGCUUGCUCUAGGUUUUGGGAAGUGUCCAUCUUUUGAAAUACCCUAGCUUUGCUCACUUCCUGGGCUUCUCUCCUCUUCCCAGGUUGAGUCUGUACUGAAGAUAUUUUUAUUGACUGGUGUAUUUGGACUAGAAAUAUAUUCUGUGCUUUUAUGAAGAAAACAUAUAAACACAUGCAGAAAUAGAAAACUAAAUCACUUUCUAUUCUCCCUUGAAUUACCAUCCAACAUCUCAGAGGUAAUUCUUUUGUUUGAAUCUAUCCAACCGCUGUAAAAUAUAUCAUACUUCUGGUCGGGAAUUCUCUCUUUUUGAAAAUCACAGUGUUACACAGAUUAAUUUAUAAAUCCCAUUUUUUUUUCAUGGAACUUAACUAAAUAAUUCUGAAUUUUAUUUGGAAAAUAAAAUUUCCAAGAAUGCGCAAGACAAUAUAGAAACUUUCUAAUGACAUAUGUCUUUUUGUCCUGAUAAAGGCAUUUAGAAUAGUUCUCAGAAUCAUCUAACAAAUAGAAAACAAACCCAUCUAUAGAUGAGCAUUUAGAAAAUGUAAUGAAUCAGUAUUUUAAAUUAGGGAGAAAAUGGUAAGUACAAAACACAAUGUUUGGAAUACUGGUUAUCACUUUAGGGAAAAUUUAGGUUCCUAAAGUCUCAUUAUACAAAGGAGUUAGUAUUUAGGGAGUUAAGACAACCCCAGUUGGUAUGAAGUGUAGGAGCCUUAAUCUGUGUUCAACUUCUAAGUAAACUUGAGUAGAGUGAGCAGAACCUUGUGAAAAAUUAUCACAUAUUAGCCUAGAUGGAGCAGUUGGCAUGGCCUGCCCUUCUUACCCCUCCUCCAUGGCAAUUCCUAGGCUAAUUUUUAUACUCCUACUCAAAAGAAAAAUACCUUUUGAGUUUUCAUCCCACUGAAUUUUAGAAUUUCAUAAUUCUUUCUCAUUAAAUCAUGGCACAAAAAUAAGGUUUCCAAAAAUUAAGUACUUCUCUUAACUGUUUAUUAACUUUUAGAAAGAGUUAACAUAAUUUUCUCAGUUUUCAACUAAAAUAUUUUGCCUUAAAUUGUUUAAAACUUUAAACAAGAAAAAUUAGAACAGAACUGCUACAUAGAAACUCAAAUAGAUUCAAACAGAUACAAACCCUAGGAGACAGUUUCUAUAGGACAGGAACCAAACAGAACUGGAAAUGUUCUGAGAAAGGGAGAGAAAGACGCACUAUCCCUUGGCCCAGUGUCACCAAACUGUACUAGUAGUUACUGUAUUUUUCAUCACCAUACACUUGCAGUAAAAAAUGCCAAUUUUGCUUAAGACUGUUUUACUUAAAGCAGUAAAAAUUAAUUUUAUUAAAUCUUGACCCUUAAGGACAUAUUUUAAAAAUUAAACUUCUAAUUUUAAGAUUAUUGUAGAUCACAUGCAGUUGUAAGAAAUAAUAUAGAGAUCCCAUCUACCUUUACCCUCUUUACUCCAAUGAGUAAAACAUCUUGCAAAACUGAUGUUGCUCUUUAAGAGUGUACAUCAUUUUCAUAUCUUUUUUUUUUCAUUUUCAUAUCUUUUUAACAUUCUACAUGAUGAAAUGGGAAAUGCACAUAAAGCCAGUCUGCACACUGAUGUAUGAUAGGCUGUUUCAAGAAAAUGCAUUUCUGUGAUUGAGUUGUGGGCUAAAUAGGCACUUUUUUAUGGGCACAGUUUUUAUUUGAAACCAAUAAACUAUGGUUAUUCAUACUUAAGUAUUUGGUAGACAUUUUCUUUAAAAUGAAUGAAGUGACUUAAAAAAACAGUAGUUUUUGCUAAUUUGACUUUCAAGAACAAUAUUUGAAUUUUGGGAAACAAGUAUCUGCCACUGUGAGCUUGAGAGCUUCUCAAUACUUCAUCUGUUGUCAUCACAAAGGAUGAAGAAUGGUGGUGAUAUCAAUGAGUGUGAUUUUGUAAUUCCAUAUAAUGAAAUGUAUCAACACUUGGAAGAUCUGCCUAACUCCUUGAACCUUAAUUUUCCAAAUGAUCUAUGUAUGAUGCUGCAAAAUGCUGCAUGGAUAAAAAAUCUUAAAGUAUGUGAAAAACAAAGGGAUUUUAGCUUAACAGAUCAGGUUCAGAUUCUACAUUGCAAGUAACCUUUGAGAAAUUACCACUUGUUGACUUCGGGCAUAGUUUCAAAGAAUAGUAUCCACAAUUAUCUGAAAAGACACUUCUCUGUGUGAGGCCAGAUUCUUUUCAUGUAUCUCAACCAAAAUAACAUAUGGCAACAGAUCAAAUGCAGGAAUAUAUAUACUAGCUGUCUAUUAUGAAAUAGAUACAUUUAUGUAAAAUACAAAAUAUAAUAGCCUUCUAAGUUUUUUGUGGAAAAUAUUCAAAUCUGAGUGAAAGUGAAACAGUUAACUUUUCACCUUUAAAUCUGUUAUUUCCAGAAGUGUAUGGUAUAUAUCACACAGUGAGCAGUACUUGACACACAAACCAGAAAAAAAGCUGUAUGUCAUAAUAUCUAACAUAUUAUUAACAUAUAUGCUUUAGUAUUAUUUAACUAGGCAUAGAAUAAAAUUACCAAAUAAACCCAAAAAAUGCAAAUAAAACACUUGUUCAGUCUCAAUGACACAUGUAAACCUACAGUCUGACAUAUGUUGUUUCAUCUAGACAAACUGCAGGAACCUUGGGGCAUAUUCAUUUCUAGAACUAAAUUACAUAAUUACUAAAUCUCUAUGCUGUGGCUCUGUCUUCCUUUUACUGUAUGUCACUUUCUUUCUUAAUAUUCUUACCAAUUCUUUUCUGUUUUUUAUCAAAGCCACUUUGCACUUUUAAUCAUCUUUUCAGUUUGUCUUAUUUUGUAUUUCAUUAAUUUCUGUUUAUAACUAUUAGUAUCAGUCUAAUUUCUUUAAAUUUAUUUUAUUGCUUUUUCAGUUGUUUAAUCAUAGUUCAAUUUAUUUAUCUUCCUCUUUUGUACUUUUCUUCUGGAAAGCAGUAUAUCUCUAAAUGGCCUAUAAUUUCCAUUCCUAUUUUCUCUUUAGGCCAGUAAUCACUAUUAGUGAGUACUUAUAAACAGCUAGAUGUAUUUACUCAUUUUUUCAGUCCCCUAGCAUUUAAUUUUAUUUUAUAGUAUUGUUGCCAGUUAAUGUUUUUUGUGAUUUCUCUCAUUUUUAAUUCAUAAAGUUGUUUUCAAAUCUGAACAAGCUCUGAAUAUUGUGUAUUUUUUUAAAAAAACUUUCUAUUGUAGUAACAAAUACACAACACAAAAUUUCCCACUUUAACCACUUUCCAGUGCACAGUUUUAAAUACAUUCAUAAUAUUGUGCUACCAUCACCAUUUCAUGUAUUUUAAAGCAAAUAUUUAAUUAAUGUGUAAAUGUGUGUAUAUCUACAUUAAUGAUAAUAUACAAAAUUAAACCAUAAUUUGUUUAUGUUGAUGUUUUUCUACAUAUUUACCUUAUUAGUGUGCUGUUGUUUGAUAAUAAUGAUCUCUUUUCAUUUUUAUUAUUUAAUUUUAAUGUAUGGUUAACAUGUAAAAUUAGAUCUCUGAUGUAAGUAUAGAUUAAUUAAUAUUAAUAGAACAAACACUGAUAUAUCC